AUGGUUGCACAAGUUUAUGUGGACAACAUUGUUUUUGGAUCUUCUUUCGACACUCUUGUCAAAGAAUUCCAUGAGGUUCAACAAUUCAAUGGAGGAAUGUUCAUAUCUCAAACAAAACAUCUCUUUCAAUCCGAUCCCAAAGAAUCACAUCUACUUGUUGUGAAGAGAAUUCUUUGCUAUGUAGGAAACAUUGAUGAUAGGAAAAGCACAAUUGGAGGAUGCUUUUACAUAGGCAACAACCUUGUCUCCUGGUCUAGCAAGAAGCAAAAUUGCGUCUCUCUUUCCACUGCUGAAGCCGAGUACAUAGUUGCUGGAAGUUGUUGUAUAUAG